AUGAGCGAUUCCAAUGGAGUCAUUGCCAUCCUUGAGCCUGGACUCAUUGGACACUCGGUUUGGAUUUCCAUUCCCAGUGAUGGUCAAUAUCAAUUUUUGAAUGGAAGCGACCCCAUUGUUGGAGUGAGUGGCAUUUCAAUUCCAUUCUCUCAAAAGUCUCCCAUCGUUUUAGAAAUGAAACGAUUGAAAUUGGCAGAGAGAUUGUAUCGAGUGACAGGAGAAGGAAUUUAUAGAGAUUCAUUCUUGGGAAAUGUGCAAGUUCCGAAUAUUUCACACGACAUGAUUUUGAAAAAGUUUUUAUUGAAUGAACAAGUCACUGGACAAGACAGCGUCAUGAACGUCAUCUAUAAGGGAAGAUAUUAUUGGUUUUUUGGCGACACAAAUAAUGUACAGAAAUUGCUUGGUAAUUUUCAUGCCACAGCUGCUUUUACGAAUUUAAAAGAAAUUUCCUCGCUUUCAACAAGCCCAAAUUUGACAUAUAUUGUGAAUGGGAAAGAUGGAAAUUUUGUGAAGGGAGUGGCACCUGUAGAACCAAAAAAUCUUCCAACUUGGAUUCAUGCUCUGUAUGUGGAAGAUGGCAGCAGCAUGUAUGCAACCUAUAUGAAACCAGAUUCUAAUUUAAAUAUUGUGAAACGAGGAUUUUUGAAAUGGAAUGAUUAUUUAGAGGAAUUUGAGGAAAUUUCUCAAAUUGAUUUCAAUACUCAAUUUUCGUAUCCGAUUGAUGGCUCUCAUGUUGUAAAGACCUCUCCUCACGAUGCAGAGGAUGGAUAUAUUUAUUUUGGCCAACCUUAUCCAAUUGUAAGAUGUAAAAAGUAUUUGGAUUUAUCAACCUAUGAAUCAUUCACACCUCUCAAAAUCAACACUUCAAAUUCGGAUUUAAAUAAUUUACAGUUUGAUCGAGACGAAAAUAGUGGAAAAUUAAUUUAUGGAUGGAAACGAGGCACGUCUCCUCUCUCGGCAGAGCAAAUGGCACAGCUUGUGAAAAUGGGCAAAAUGAAACCUCAAGAAGCGUACUUACUGCAAUUGAAAUCUCAUGAAAGUGGACAAGUCAUUCAAGCUCAUGCUGGAAGCGUGCAUUACAACGCAUUCAGAGAUCUAUAUAUUUUAAUUGCUGAGCAGAACGAUGGAACCGAGUCAUCACUUGGUGAAAUUUGGUACUCAGAAGGUUUGACUCCUAUUGGGCCAUUUCUAUAUGGUGUGAAAAUUGUUACGCAUCAAAAAAUGGAUUUUUAUAAUCCCUCUCAUCAUUAUGAAUUUGAUGAACACAAUGGAAAAAUCAUUUACUUUGAAGGAACUUACUCGAAUUUUUGGACCAAUUUGCCACCUACUCCGAAAUACAACUAUAAUCAACAAAUGUAUCGAUUAGAUGUGAGUAAGGCUUCUGAACAAAUACCAAUUGCAGUGUUUAAGAGAAAUGAUAAUAAUUUUCACACCUUGGAUCGUAAGGUCGUUCGAAAGACAUCUCCCAAGCUGGUUGCUGUGGAAUUUUAUGCAUUUUCCAAGCCAUGCGAAUCAGCAUGUAUUGCCAUUUAUCAACACAAAAUGAAUGACCAAUAUUUAUUGACGUUGACCUCCAACAAACAAGAUGAUUCGCUGGAACCCAUAUUCUAUGCAUUGGAUCCCAUUCACGUGAAAGAUCAACAUAGUAACAUCAGUCUAUUUCCUUUUUAUCAAGAGUUGAAAUUAGGUGAUGGCCACACAGUCCUUGUCUUUUCUCACAGAGAUGAUCUCAUUGUUUGA